GUAAAAAAUAAAAGCACAACACAACUGCACAACAAAGAGUGAAAUUGCUGCGAAUAGUUUUCGUUUUAUCUUGAAAAUAAUGCCUUUCAGCCUCAAAAGGAAGUUUCGUGUAACGAUGACGUUUGUUUGAAAUAAAAUUCGGUAAAUGUUGAACAUUUCUAUCGUUAGUUGGGUUUAAUGGUGCAGACGAGUGCGUGCGAAUUAUUUUGUUAUUGGAUCGAUUAUCGAUUUUUCUCUGUAAGCAAUAACAACCAGUUCAAGGGAAAGUGUGAAGCAGCUGGUACAACUUUCAGCAGGUGUUUUUGUGAUAUACACAUGAAAUGAUAAUAUCAAAGUGGCACGGUCCGGUGGUAAUAGAAGUGUAGAAACCGCUGGACACAUAACUUAGGACGAAAAAGGAGAAAGUAAUGCGAACAACUGGCUGAUCCGUCUGGAAUGGUACAAUAUAACUGGCUUCCACCGAACAGCUUGAAGACAACGGAAGCAGCACAAGGAAGUAGCGGUGUAACUGAGGGAGGCGGCGGGUGUGUCGCUUUUUCUGCAUCCACAUUCUGGACUACACAGGGAGAAACACAAACCAUUCGUCAUUCUUCGUCCGUCAGAGCAACAGAUGCCGCGGCACUGCGGCGCGAUAACAGGAACGAGUGAAUCAAAAAGUGUUUAUUGUGAAUCUGUCCCAUUCGUUAACGAACUAUUGCGUUCGAUGAAAGGGACUUGAUAGUCAAAACUUUAAAAUUGUGGGUGACGUUAACGGGCACCAAAACGAAGAAAGGAUUUGCUGGGGUUGACGCUUUGUCCCAUCUUUGUGUAGUGAAAUGGGAGGUUCGGUGAGUCAGGUGUUCCGGUCGGGAAGUGCACUGCUGUCGAAUCGCGAUGGACACAAGGUAUCGGAGACAACCGUUGAUAAAGUGAACACAAUAUUCGAUGCGCUUAGAGCCAAUCCAAAGAUCUCGAUUCAACGACUCGAGCCGCUAUUGCUGCAAAUACCGAAGUAUGAAAACAUACUGGCCAUACACGACGAAACAGGAUACAAUCUUCUGCAGAAAAGCGUCGGACUGAACCACAUAGAGCUAGCCAGAUGGCUACUGCAACGGCACCGUCCAGAUGUAAAUAGGAGCUCAUGCUCUUUGCCGCUACAUAUUGCCUGCUUGAAAGGAUAUGAAGAAUGUGUCGAGCUGCUUCUCAAACAUGGAGCGAGAAUUGAUACCGAGGCGAGAAUGUGUUUCCCAGGUGUUCACUCUCACAAUUGCGAGGAAAGCGGGAAAUAUAAAAGUAUGUCACCUCAAUUAAUGCUUGAUUCGGUAGAUUUUCUCAUUUGUCCCCCGUAUGUAUUAUCAGACCAAGGAGAUGAUGUCGGCGUCUGCGAGAGACCCAACACAAAGCUGCAAAACGCUGUCUGUUACGCAAUCGACGGCGAUCAGAUCAACGUACUUAACAUUCUCGCCCAGAAGAUGGAGGAACCAUGGAUGCCAUUUCGCGUGCGAAAACCGCUGCUGCAUAUCGCCUGCGAAAGGGGUGCAUGGAAGUGCGUCCAACAUCUCGUCCAGACCCGAUCGGACGAAAUUAAUCUCAUCAAAGAUGAAUACUAUCCGAUUCAUCAGGCUGUGCUACACGACGGGCGCUUCUUGGAGCUUUUGAUCCAACAUGGCGCGAUAACGACGGUGCGCACGUGUACCCAACAGAUGACUCUGCUACACGUUGUUAUCCUGGCGGCGAGGAAAUCAGCUGAAGAUACCCUCAACACUAUACGAAUAUUGUUGGAACGUGGUUGUAAGGAGCUUAUCAACAGUCCGGAUUCGUUGGGCAAUACGCCGCUACAUGCAAUCAUAGUACGAUAUGCGCUUGAGGAGGCUAGGUACGGUUACGAUAAGUGGAACAAGUGGGAUGUGUUGCAUUUAGUGCGCUUCCUGCUGCAGAACGGUGCUAAAAGCUCAAUCAAUCAGGCUGGUAAUAGUGCGCUGGCCUGUGUCUUUCGCCAUAUACGAGACUGGGAGGUAUGCUACGAGCUGCUGAACAUGCUGAUAAAGGAAGGGGGUGAUCCAAACAUAGUGGGACGAGAUGGAUCGGUACCCAUAAUGGUUUGCCUGGUGCCACUCAUCAACAAGGAUCCGUUGCAUCAUUUUACACAUUCGAUGAAGGUAUGCUAUCUGAAUUGCAUCCGAAUACUGCUGCAGAAUGGUGCCAACCCGAACUGUUCGUAUCGUUCGAACCUCACGCCACUGCACGUGCUCAUUUUCACCGUGUCAGAAAACUUCACCCUGAACUGUGAUACCCAAAAGCGUGCCAAUUUCGACUUUAUCAAGAACAUCUUGAUACUCCUGCUGCAGUAUGGGCUGGACUGCAACAUCACGUCUCAACACAUCCUGCAAUCGGUAAUCGACAUGAUCGUAAACGUGCGUGCCUGUCCGGACAUCCUAUGUGUGUAUGAACUGUUGUUGGUACUGAUACAAUACGGAACGGAUCCGAACAUAACGCUCAGUAACAAGCUGAUAAUGAGUGGCAGCAGCAGUUCUUCGAUAAACUAUGUGAAUGAUUUCAUCAAUUUUGGUGGCAUUAGAGCAGCCGGAGGCGGAGAGGUGGCAGGUCCCAGUGGAAGCGGCAACGCUGUUUCCUCAACAAGUAACGGAGCGGGAGCUUCAAGUAGUGGCAAUGGCAGUGACAAUCUGCGAAGUUCAUUCCGGAAUAACGCACGUAACUAUUUGCUGUUUUAUUAUAUUAUGUUAAUUACGCGAAAAGAGUUCAUUUUGCUCGACCGCGAACAGACUUAUCAACGUAUUAUACAUCUGUUUUAUUACUCUAUGAAGCACGAUACGCUAUUUAACUGCCUCAAAUCUCUGCACAACCUGUUUAUAGCACAGGUGCCGAACAAAUCUAUUGAUAACCUGAGGCAUCUGAUAAUCACACUUUACAAAAAGCCUCGCAGUUUAAAGCAACUAAGUCGGGUAUGUAUAUACAAUAACCUGAACAAGAAGUUGGCACCGAGUAUAAAUCGGCUCAACUUGCCACUUCCUUUGAAAGAGUACGUACUGAACUUCGAGGGAUGAAGUGGAGGAAAGUCGCAAAAUUUAUGCACCCAAAAUCUCUCUAUGAACAUAAAUGUCCACGUUUUCUGUGUUAGAUAUUGUGUAAAUAAGGUAACAAAUCUCAUCUAAAAACAAAAAAAAAACAAACAAUCACUACCGAUGCAAAAAACAGGAUGCAAAUUGAAUCUAUUAAGCAAAUGUUAACGGAUUACAGGUGAAACAAGAGAUAUUAAAGACUCUGCAAAUAUUUUGCCCGUCUCCCUUUACUCUCAUUCACUUUUUGCGAGACACAAUACAAGGAAAAAAUCGCUUUAUCUUACCAGUCAGUCAGAUCAACAAAUGUUUAAAUAACUACACUAUCAUGUUCUGAAAUACUAUGAGAAAUACAGGUUGAAAAUAAUAA